GCUCUUCUUUUCUUCUCCUUUGCAGCCGAACAAAGCCCCAAGCUGCCGACAGCCCUCCCUUGAAGAAAAACCGGUAAAAGCUUGGGAAUUUCUCCUUCUUUUCUUGCUCUAGAACACAAAUUGAACUCAGAAAUUCUCCCCCUUCUCUGCAGAAAUCCGGAUCUCCUUUGCUCUGUCCGUCCGGUUGCUGCUCUUGUCGGUUUGUGGGUGCGAAUUCUGGGCAUUUUUAGAAAUUCCCCCUGCACUGCCGCCGGCUUCCCCUAGCUUGCAGCUCCGGUUUUUGCUGCUAAAUUCUGGUUCCUGAUGGUUUUGUCAGUUUAGCACUGAGAUCGAGUCUUCGAUUUUAUGAGAGUGAGAAAGUGAAACCGAUGAUGGGGAAACCACAGGAAGUGACAAGUCAGAAGGCUAGCCAUUUCGAGAUUGAUAUAGAUUUUAGAAAUAAAUCAUGCUUUUGUAAGAUAGAUUUUACCUUGAAUUUAUAAGAUCAAAACAGAUUUCGGUCAUUAGAUCAACUACUUGGAUUUAAGUCAUUUUGGAUAUAGAAAUAAAUUGAGAUGUUUGAUUUAAGUUAUUGGAUUGUCAGAUGUGAAUUGGAUAAGUUUCGAGCCUUGUGCAUUUGUGGGAUCCUCUCACAAGUGCACGGCGUCUGUCGCGCCUCGAAUUUGAGUUUUGGGGUGUGACACCUUUAGUAUAGUUUACAUUUUAGGUAUGUUUUAUAUCACUCUUUAGCUUUCAUCUUUGUUCUAAUUGUUAUGCCUUUAGUUUCCUUUUAGUUGUCUACAUUUGUCUUUCUUACCAAUAAACACACUUGAUUAAC